UAAGGACGUGGUUGUUCCGGUGAAAAGUGGAUUUGCUGCUUAAAGAUAGGCGGAUUUAGAGUAGGAUUGUUUAUGUUUUAAUCAACAACUGUACAUAUUUUUUAGGACUAGAUGUUUUAACUUCAUAAUACAAUGAAACCUACGUAUUUUUCUUCUGUAAACUCGGCACUGUAACGCCUUCUCCUGCUGCCCAGCUCUGCAUCGACUGAAGAAACAAUGCAGGCCUAGCUAGCUUCUAACGUUAGCUGGCGGAAGCUAAAAGGAUAACGCUGGUCCAGCAGACUGCAGUGGGAUUUAAACCCUGGACGAAGCCGUUUUUCGACGCUGUAACGUUAAUAACAUCCAAUCCGCUAUGAGCUCUCAGCUGCAGGUCUUCUCUCCUCCCUCCAUCUCCUCCAGUGCCUUUUGCCGCGUUAAGAAGCUGAAGGUGGAGAGCAAUGUUUGGGACGUGUCCACCACUGAAGCUUAUAGCUCCAUAGCAGGCCAGUCGGCAUACACCUUUACCCCGGCCAUGGCUGUGGCACCCUUUGCACCAUCCCUGGUCUUCCCGUCUGUAGCACCUGGCUCCAGAGGUCAAGUGGUGGUGCGGGCAGCUGAUAGCACUGGAAGCCUCCCCCGUGGAUCCAGCCGGCGUGUGGCAGAGCAGGCGACGUCUUCAUCUUAUGCUCAUACGGAGACGUCCUCUGAAACAAGGGGGCACAGGCACGGGCAGAAAAGAAAGAUUGAGGAGACCAAUGAAAGCAGUGGGAGUGGAUGUGGCAGUGUCCAAAUAUUGGAGGAGCUCUCAGCCCCUGCAGCAACUUACUCCACACGUACGGGUGGUGGUGGAGGAGGCACAGGCCAGUCCAUACCCCACUCAGCUCCAACCACCAAGAGCAGCAGCUCCAAUGGUGAAGGGGAUUAUCAGCUAGUGCAGCACGAGAUCCUCUGCUCUGUGUCCUGCAGCUAUGAAGUGCUGGAAUUUUUAGGAAGAGGCACGUUUGGACAGGUGGCCAAGUGCUGGAAGAGGGGCACCAAUGAGAUUGUGGCCAUCAAGAUCCUAAAAAACCAUCCUUCUUAUGCUCGUCAGGGCCAAAUCGAGGUGGGUAUCCUGAACCGGCUGAGCGCAGAGAACGCGGAUGAGUACAAUUUUGUGCGUUCAUACGAAUGCUUCCAACACAAGGGUCACACCUGCCUGGUGUUUGAGAUGCUGGAGCAGAACCUCUAUGACUUUCUUAAGCACAGCAAGUUCAGCCCACUCCCCCUACGGCACAUCAGACCCAUCCUACAGCAGGUGGCUACAGCGCUGAUGAAACUGAAAAGCCUUGGUCUGAUUCAUGCAGACCUGAAGCCAGAGAACAUCAUGCUGGUUGACCCUCUUAGACAGCCCUACAAGGUGAAGGUCAUUGACUUUGGCUCAGCAAGUCAUGUGUCCAAAGCUGUCUGCUCAACCUACUUACAGUCUCGCUACUACAGGGCUCCAGAGAUCAUUUUGGGUUUGCCAUUCUGUGAGGCCAUUGACAUGUGGUCUUUAGGCUGUGUGAUUGCGGAGUUGUUUCUGGGUUGGCCUCUCUACCCUGGAGCCUCGGAGUACGACCAGAUCCGUUACAUUUCUCAGACUCAAGGCCUGCCUGCAGAGUACUUGCUGAGCGCCGGCACUAAAACCAGUCGCUUCUUCAAUCGAGGACCUGACUCUAGCUACCCACUCUGGAGGCUAAAGACCCCAGCAGAGCAUGAAAUGGAGAUGGGUAUCAAGUCUAAGGAGGCCAGAAAGUAUAUCUUCAACUGUCUGGAUGACAUGAUGCAGGUCAACCUGUCCUCUCAUUUGGAGGGGACGGACAUGCUGGCUGAGAAAGCUGAUAGACGAGAGUUUAUAGACCUCCUGAAGCGGAUGCUCCGUCUGGAUGCCGACAAAAGGAUCACGCCUACAAAAACUCUAGGUCACCCCUUUGUCACAAUGAGCCACCUCAUGGAUUAUCCCCACAGCUCACAUGUGAAGUCCUGCUUCCAGAACAUGGAGAUCUGUAAGCGUCGGACCUCCUAUGAUAGUGGCAAAUCCCUCUACUCCACCAAUGCGGUCCCCAGCGCUGCAGCGGGCAACCUCACUGUUACCUUCAGUAGCCAGCUCAACCAGCAUAAUCAGGUGCCUUCUGCGGGAGGAACGAUGCCUUUGCUGAACUACCAGCCAGCUCUAUACCAGCAGGCGACCAUUAACAUUCCCGGGCUUGCUCAACAGAGUGUCCCGAUUCCAACGCGUCCUGCUGGGCUGUGUAGCCAGACAGAACCCUUCCAGCAAACUCUCAUCGUCUGCCCACCUUCUACUAUUCAAGGGCUACAGCCAUCCAGUAAGAGUUCCAGUUUCCCUGUGAGGAUGGAGAACUCUGUACCUAUAGUACCUCAGAACCAGUCUGCUCAGUCAUUGCAGAUCCAGCCAAGUAUGCUCACACAGGGUUCCUGCACACCCCUGAUGGUGGCCACCCUGCACCCUCCCUCAGCAGGCAUAGCCCCCCAGUAUACUCUGCCCCUCGGGCUGGGCGCCGGGGUGGGUCGGCCCACCCUCCUGGAGCACACAGCCACAGUGCUGCAGGCCUGGCCCACUGGCACCCAACAGAUCCUCAUACCAUCGUCAUGGCAGCAGGUCCCAGGUGUGGCCAUUCACAGCUCUGCCCACCAGUCAAAUGUAACUGAAUCACCCCUGGAAACGCUUCAUGCCAAUGCUUCCACACAGCAGGGACACAGCUGGAGGAGCACAACUCAAGCCAGGACCCAGCAAGAGAGGAAGAAGGUGAAAGCCAGACGUGGAGAGAACAGAAACAGGGGUAUAUCCACUGCAUCACUACUCGGCAGCAGCGGCGUGACCCCACCCAGCGCUACGUUGUCUCAGCCAAUCGUCAUCUCCGACACACCCAGCCCGGCGGUCAGCAUCAUCACUAUUCAUAGUGACACAGACACAGAGGAUGAGCGCAAAUUCCAUCCCUCCAGCGUUGGUCUGAGCCAGCGCACUAACGUCAUCAGCUGUGUGACGGUGCACGACUCGGACUCCUCUACAGCCAGCCCCCUGACUCCUCUGCCCCGCACACUUAACCCAGCUAGCACCAUGUCAUCACGCCAAGCCAAGUCUCUGGCAGUGGUGGCACCUUCAAUUAAACCCCAGGGCUCUGAGAGAGGAGCCGUUUCACGUGGCCGCCUGGACACCGUGAACUACAUGAAGCCUAAGAGAUCAUCCAACCGACAGCCCUGCAGCUCAGGGAUGAGCAUGGAGCGUCACGGACUGUUGCCAAGCCAGUCCCACCCCUUAAACCUCAGCCAGGUUCAGCCUGUGGUUUCUUCAUCUCAGGAGCGUUCCCACAGUGACUCGUCUUUGCGUCGCCAGCCGACAUUCCCUCCGGCCGUCUCCUCUCACUACAACUUCCCCGAGGUGUCAGCCCUGGCCUCGGCCUCGGCCCCUGGCCCCAGCCUGUACGCCUACCCGGCCUCCACCGCCCUCUCCUCAGCUUCUCAGGCCAUGGAGCAGCUGCUAGGCCGUAGUCUCGCCAGCCACGGACACUCCCCCUCCGCCUAUGCAGCAACGUACACCUCAUCGUCGGCCUCCAGGAGAGACUCGGCCAGUCGUAAGGAUUCUGUCAGUAGUCUGCUGCAUGGCCUCCCCGCGGCCUACCAGCAUCAGUUUGCCACUGGUUCUCCCUACAUUAGCGUGACGCCCCGGGCCGAGGCUUACAGUGCCUACCAGCUAAGCCCCAGGCGCCUCACACAGUACCCGUACCUAUAGGGAGUCUCGCGCACACUUUGAACAAAGAAAACGAAGAAUCUACUUCCCCACAUGCUAUCACAAAGGAACAUUUAAACUGUAUUUCUAGUAGAACUGUUGGUCACUUAUUUGUUUGCUGCUUUUGACUCCAAAGCGACAUAUCACCCAAACUCAUUUAAUACUCUUUAGGGUCGUUUUUGUGUUUUUAAAAAUGUUCUUUGAUAUAUUGUGUUUUUUUUUUUUCCUAAACAAUAUUGUUUAUAGCCUGUAUUUUAUCCCCAUCUUGUCCAGAUGUAUAAUUAAGGCAUUGUGGUUAAUGUAUUUUAGUCCUGUUUAUCUUGAGGUUUUGUGUGAAGAGAGAUUAUCCUCCUGUCACAAGUUGCAACGACACUUUAGGCGAGCUUUUGAGACGCCUGACUCACAACUUUUUUUUUUUUUUUUUUUUUUGGCAUUUCUGCUUUAUUGGAUAGUGAUAGCUUGGAGAGAGACAGGAAAGGGUGGGGGGAUGAUGGGCUGGAAUUGAACCCGGACGGCUGCGGUAAGGACUCUGCUUUGAUACAAGGCGUGCAUGUUCUACCAGUUGAGCUACAGGGACGCCCGCUGGCUGAAAAAGUUACAAGUCAUUAGUUACUCAUGACCCUUGUUAUGGAGUUUUCACACUAAUCUAGCGAUGCUCUGUGUUUCUUAGCUAACCUAAUGACUGUAUCUGUUUACUCACAAAUGUCUUUUACCAUGUUUUAAAUUAUGUUUUGUCAGUGCGAGAAAGGAAGAGGAAGGUUCAUGAUGUCUGUUAAGAAAAAAGAUGUGGUGAAAACUGAUGGAUACAUGUUAAUUUAAGUGCUCAUGUGAUAGUCUGUUAUUGUAGUGACAGUGUUUAGGCAGGAUUAAUCAUGUCCUUAUGCAAUAGAAACUCUUUUUUUUUUAAACUGCAUCAACUGAGUGCUGAAUGUAUUUAUGAAGUGAAGAAAGAGGAGUGGGAUCACCAUCUUAAAGAAUGACGUGAAAAGCUUUUGUUUGAAAUUGUUUAAAAAAAAAAAAAAAACCUUCCCUACUUUCCUCUCCUUGAAAUAUAAAAAUAUCCAGUUUCACAUGGAGUGGAAAAUAUUCUAUAUCUGUGAAUUCCAAUUAUGUAGGACCUGCUCAUUUAUUAAAAUGGAUUCAUGGCCAGUUUUUACGGUUUUAUAUAUGGAAUUUUGUUUUCUCCUCAUGACACUUUAGAAAUGCUCGCUAGUAAGUUGUACGAACUACCCACACCGCCGUACAAUGACUGAUGAAAUAAAAUCAUGCAAUCUGCAGUAGGCCUUCUGCUCAGUUACACAAUGUCUGAUGAGAAGCUACUUUAACAGUCAAAGGUGGUGCUGUCCACUAAACAUACUGUGCAUUUCCCCUCAAAAUGUGCAAAAGUGUCCACUUUGGCUUCAGUCUUGUCUGAAUAUGAUAUCCAUUGUUUUUCACAUAUAGAUUACUCCUCUGUCUGAACACGGCUGAUUUGUGGCUUUUCCUGCCACCGUCUUGUAGAAGGAGGUGAAUCUCAAGGGGGGGGGCUUCUGUGGGUUAUGAAAGUUUUGUAGUAAAUGCUUCCCCGUUGUGUUUGCAUCAGUUUUGUGUUGUAAUGUCUGAAUAUUUAACUAUUUCAUCUUAACAUAGUAUAGUUAAGAGGCUAUUUGGUAGAACUAAUUCAGGGAAAAGGUUUCAGCUCAAAUAAUCCACUGUCACUGUUUUCAAUAAAUAACCAUAAAUUCA